GAACGUUGCAGACCCACAAGUGGCCUCUUCUCUCCCCUCCACCAUCACUACGACGCUCCCUUCAUUUACUGCAGCCUUCACCUCUUCGCGUUCUUGCUAUAAACCCUCUUGCAUCCGGCAGAUACCAAGAGGAAGAAAGAGACGAAUUGGAUAAGAAACGCUUAUUGCUUGCUGAGAAACGCAUGGGUUCAUAUUGGUUCUGGUUUUGCCUGAUAUUUUGGUUGUUGGGUUUGGGUGUCCACUGGGUCGAUUGUGAGUUUUCUAGUGAUUACAUUAGUUGGGAUGAUUUAAACAUUUAUGAUAGCAGUUUGGGGAAGAUGCAGGAGUGGGGAAACAGAGAGAAGGGCAGGGUCAUAGUGGUGGCGAAGGGUGGGGAAAGAGACACCACGACGGUUCAGGGAGCCGUUGAUUUGGUUCCUCACGGUAACAACCAAAGGGUGAAGAUUUUCAUUCAAUCUGGAGUUUAUAGAGAGAAAGUGCUAAUUCCCACAACUAAACCAUACAUUUCGUUCAUCGGAGACGAGAGUGGAGAGACGGUAAUUUCAUGGAAUUCCACUGCUUCAGAAAAAGGUUCCUAUGGUCAACCCAUCGGUACCAUUCACUCUGCUUCUGUCGCCAUUGAAUCGGAUUAUUUCUGUGCUUCAGGGAUCACCUUUGAGAACUCUGCUCCAAGUGCACUUCCUGGUGCAGAAGGAAAACAAGCCGUAGCAUUGAGAAUUUCAGGGGAUAAGGCCAUGUUCUUCAGGUGUAAAGUUCUGGGUUCACAGGAUACGCUGUUUGACCAUAUGGGCAGGCACUAUUUCUACCACUGUGAAAUUCAUGGUGCCAUCGACUUCAUAUUUGGGAGCGCAAGGUCCCUCUAUGAGAGCUGCGUCCUCCAUGCAACCGCUGCAAGUUAUGGAGCGAUAGCAGCGUCGCAGAGGAACUCACCAAACGAAAACUCGGGCUUCUCAUUUCUGCAGUGCAAGCUGGAUGGAUCGGGGAAGCUCUACCUUGGGAGAGCAUGGGGCAGAUAUGCACAGGUGGUCUAUUCUUUGUGCGAUAUGGGUGAUAUCGUUAUACCUCAGGGAUGGCACGACUGGGAUGAUCCUUCAAGGAGACGGACAGUCUGGUUUGCAGAGUACAACUGCAGGGGAGGAGGAGCAGACUCCAGAAAGAGGGUCCCAUGGUCCAAGUCCCUGACCUUUGAGGAGGCCAAACCUUUUCUCACCAGUGCUUAUAUUGAUGGGCAACAGUGGCUGAGAUUAUGAGAAUUAUUAUAUAUUUUAUUUUAUUUUUUCUUUUCUUCCUCAUAUAAAUUGGUAAUGAGGAAGCUCGACAAGGCGACAAGGUGAUGUAGUUUGUUGCCCGAAAAUCAAUGGCUUACGUGGUGGCAGUAAUUUCAGUGAUCCUGUCACCAACAAACCACAGUUUAAACAGUUUUAGUCUGUGUAUAAUGCAGCAGCCAAGGUGCCUGCUAGUCGGUUAGGUUCAUAGCCGUUUGUUGUCGGUGGAUGUUUUGAAAUUGUUGGUCCACGUCGGCCACCACAUCAUAGA